AUGUUAGAAAAAGAACCCUAUCAAGACUAUAUUAUGGAAAGAGGAAUAUUAUGCAAAGAGAAAGAUGGUACGAGAUUUAUUGUAGUUCCAAAGAAAAUGCAGAACGAAGUAAUAAGGAACAAGCAUGAUUAUGGAUAUUUUGGAGUUAGAAAAACAGAAGAGCUUGUGAGUCGAGAGUAUUAUGUUGAGAAUCUCAAGGAGAAGAUUAGAAAAGUUAUAGAUUAUUGUGUAGAAUGUAUUCUGAUUGAACAAAAAAAGGAAAGAAAGAAGGAUUCUUACAUCCAUUAG